AUGGAGAAAUCAGAAUAUAAUGACCAGUUAGUUCAGCAUGCAAGUCAAUUAUUAGACUCAUUGGAACGCCUUCGACAAGAUCAAGUCUUAACUGAUAUCUCUAUAUGUGUUGGGAAUACUCAAAUUCAUUGCCACAAAUUAAUUCUUGAGAUCUGUGGAUUUGAUUUUAUUAAACUGUCUGAGCUUGGGUCUCGUUGUGACAAGAAGUCCGGACUUUGUCCUCAGACUGUUAUUAAGCUCAACAACGCAGAACCUGCUGUUAUCCAAGAAAUCAUUCAGUACUGUUACUCUGGGAACCUCAUCUUAACAGAUGAAAAUGUGAAGCAGAUGCUAGAAUUGGCCACUUUGAUGGACCAUGAAUUUCUCGCUAAUGAAUGCUUGAAAUUUCUUGAUUCCCAGAUUGAGGAGUUUCAACACCACCAGCCUCAGCCAAAUUCAUUUAUUGUCUGCCAACCAAUGCAUGGGAUAAAUUUACUAACUGAAUUACAGUGUUUGAGAAGUCAGAGAAGGCACACUAAUAUAAAACUUGUGUGUAGUGACGAGGUGUUUGCCUGUCAUAGCUUAGUUUUAGCUGCUUGCAGCGACUACUUCAGAGCAAUGUUUAGUCAUGAUUUUACUGAGAAGAAAGCCAAGAAGAUUGAUCUUCUUGAACCGGCAGAUAUAGUUGAAGACCUUCUCACCUUUAUGUAUACGUCAAUGUUUGAUGUGGAGUGUGAAGAUUUUCUUGAUCUUCUUGAAAGUGCUGCGUAUUUCCAGGUCUACUUUCCUCCAGUCACUAUAGAGAGUAUUAAGACUAUUGUCCAACCGGAUAACUGCAUCAAGAUUUUCAAUGUAUCAAACGUCUUCAGUACCAAUCUUAGGAACUAUACAUUGAGGUUCAUCCUGAAUUCUUUUCCGAAAUUGACCAAUCAUGAGGAUUUUUUAACCCUUUCGUUGUCUAUGAUGGUACAGAUUUUAUCAGAUGAUAGACUGAAUGUCAUGGCAGAGGAAUCAGUGUUCUUGGCCGCUUCUAGGUGGUUGGCGCAUGAUAUGGAAUCGCGUGCUGCUUAUGUUGAUGAGUUAAUGGAAUGUGUACGCUUCCCUCUUCUCCACGAAAAGUUUUUGAGAAAGAUCAUGGAAAAAGAGCCAUCAGUGAUCAAGUCUCAGAAGUGUAAAGAGAUGGUUGUACAAGCUUUGUGUACAAAAGACGGCCAUGCAUCUACGCAGCAGGCAUUCAGCGAAAAGUUCCACCCUCGGAAUUCGAUGAACCAGGAUGUAAUAUUUGUUCUUGCACAAGCGACUGAUGAAAUGUCCCCUCCACAGUGUGCUUUCAUUGGUUUACGAGACCUUGCAGUUCAUGAUGUAUGCACAAAGCACAAUGGCCUCCCAUUGGGAUUGUCCCGUUUUACUAUCAUCUGUAUUGAUACUGACAUAUUUGUGAUUGGUGGAUGGGAUAUGACCUCGGAGGUUUGUUGUUCAACAACGUGGAAGUACAGCAUCACUGAAAACUUGUGGAGCACCUGUGCUAAUUUACAGUUACCAAGAUAUGACAUUGGUGUAUGUAAAAUGGACCAGGUUGUCUAUGCUAUUGGCGGACAGAUCAACUCACCAGAUGUCUGCAACCCAGUGAAUCUGGUGGAAAGAUACGAAGUUGAGACUGAUGAAUGGUCCGAAGUUGCUCCGCUACCGUCUUCGCUCAUCAAACCUGUGGUGACUGUCUUCAAAGAUAGAAUAUAUGCGAUGGAUUCGGCAAGCCAUUCAAAGGUCAUUCGUACUCUAUGCAUCUAUUACAGCUACACUGGAAUGUGGGCUAUCGUGCCUGCAGGUGUCGGUUUGAUGAACAUGCGUUACAUUCAGAACCUGUUUACAGUCGCUGAUUACAUACUGUGCUGGGGUAUGUAUGAUGCUGCAGAUUACCAUCAGACUUUCAAUGCCUUCCAGAAUUUCAAUGCUGAGAAUUUCCCACCCAGGCGUGGUGGAAUGUUGGUACGUCAUCCACCCAUUGUUUCUCCACGUAUUCAGUAUCCAACCAAGUUUGAGCCAGUUAACCUAGUUGGUUUGGCGCUUCUGAACGAUGAGAUACUGGUUGUCAGUGACGCCCAGGCCCGACGUGGUAGGUACCUACUUGUGCAUAGGUAUGAUCCAUUUGAAAAUCAGUGGGUUGAACAGCUCGAAAUUAGUAGUCGUCUGUCGCGUGGGAUCACAUCCAGUCUUCAGUGUGUGGCUUACAGGGGCUACAUUGCCAGCCCCUGGUAUGAGCAGAAAAGUACCUAUAAUUGA